GCAAAAGUGAGCGAGCGAGUGUUUUGAUUUUAAUUCUGAAUGCGUUUCAUCUUUAUAAGUCGUUGUUUAUUAAUAAUUGGAUAAUUACAAUAAAGAUGUCGUCAAUGAAUAGCACACAACUAUCGCGGAGCAGCAUGGGCAGCCAUAGCAGAAAGAUGCGGUACCGUGCCGUACUUGAAGAUCUAUCCACUUUGGAAGAUGAAGCGGAGAAUGAGAGGCGUAUGGAGAAGAUGGAGAAAGCAGUGAAUGAGGUGAAGGCCCUCACUGAAGAGGGCGACAUAAGGGAGCGGGCCGAACAUCCAGGUGAAGGCUACCUGGAUUCGCGUGUGCUGCGCGCCACCAGCGACCUGGCGGUGCGCUGUUCCGAGUCUAUCAGUGGGAACACCAACAUCUACGACAAACAUGAACUGGCACAACACAUUAAAGAAAACCCCGACUUCUGGACAUUCAGCCUCCCCCUAGAAGCCCCACCUGUGUCUUUCUUGCACGGCACGUUUGCGCCCACGCCGCCAGAGCUGCGGCCGCGCGCACCGCGUAGGCGCGUCGAGAGACAACAGGCCGCAGCGCUCAAGGCGCCAGAGAAGAUUGAUAAAUUAGAGAAGACCGACCAGGCGUCGGAGACGGUGGUCAUGGUAAAGAAGUUCAUAACGUCGCUGUGGCGGCAGGGCGGCGAGCGGCCGCUCAGCUACUUCCACGUGGUGAUGGACCCGCACAGCUUCGCCAGGACCGUGGAGAACAUAUACCAUGUCUCCUUCCUCGUCAGGGACGGACUCAUCAGCGUACAAUUAGAUGAAGAGUAUGGCCUCCCGUUCAUCACGCCGCUGUCGACCAAGCAGCGCGACCAGCGAGACAUCUCCGACGAGAACCAGUUCAUCGUCUCCAUCGAUAUGGAACGAUGGCAGGAACUGAAAGAUGCCUUCAAAAUACAACAGCCAAUGAUGGUCCUAAAGAGAAAGGGAUAGAGGAGAAAGGACGAGAGGGGUGAAGGGAGGAGGGGAGGUUAUCAAGCUCAAUAUAGUGCGGCCCUGGAAGAAUUUUUUAACUGUGAUCGUAAUUUUAAGAACGAUUUGAUAAUAAAAAUGUGUC